AUGCUUAUCGGUCGCAUCCCGUUUCAGGCGCCGUUCUUCGUUGGGCUCCUUGCCUUCAUCUCCAGCUGGGCAGUUGGCUUCCAGUGGUACUGUAGCGAUUACGACGGGGUUGAGUGCACCAUCCAUUAUCUUGGCGUGCUGAAGACUGAUCUCUCCAAGCUAAAAAACAUCACACACGGGGCAACAUUCAUACGCUUCACGCGCGUCAAAGCGUUGACGGUAGAUCAGGCCACGAUCGUACACCUGCCCGACACGGUGCGGAAGCUGGAAAUCACUGACUCGCAACCGGUGCAGAUCAUCAUAAUUCCGAGCUAUCUCGCCAUCACCUGCCUGUUCGUGCAUAUAACGCAGCUCAGAUGGAUCCACUUCCAGCCAAACGAUGCCGUGCGGGAGCUGUCGAUUAGGAUCAGCAAUCUGCAGCAGAUCCCACCGACGGUUAAAAAUUUAACAAAUUUACAACACAUCAGUCUGCAGCAUUCGCACCUCCAGCAUCUUAACCUGGAUCUGCUGCAUUGGUGUCGGUUUUUGCAUACGGUGGAUCUGAGCUACAACGAAAUCCACACAAUCACCAGUACACUGCACGCCGGACAGCAGCGACAGCUCAGUGCACUGAUUUUGAACCACAAUCAACUGAGUGUGCUGAAUCUCGAGGUACUCGCACCGAUCGGAUGGUUCGCGUAUGUUGAUUUCUCGUACAAUAAGAUCGAACUGCUCGUUGGCCGAUUCUCCAGCGAGCACAUGGCAACGGUUUCUUUUGCCUACAACCGUCUGAAAACGGUCGACUUUUGCCAAUGGGAGCAGGUCACGAACUUAACCUUUAUAUCGUUCUUAUCCAACGAACUCACCAGUGUACCAAACUGUAUCAACCGACUGACGAACCUCACCGCCGUAAGCUUUAUGAGUAACCAGCUGAACAGUGUCACCAUGGACGCAUUUGCCGAUAUGGACAAUCUAACGUCACUGUACCUGUCGUACAACAACAUACGAUCGAUCACUGUCCACGAGGGAAGAUAUCCCAAGCAACUUCAGCAGAUCUUUCUUAGAGGCAACAAGCACAAGUGUGACAAUCACCUGUUCGGCCAACCGUUCUGUUCGGUAGACAUUGAUUUUAAACCAAGUUCGCGCACGAGCGACUGGAGUCGAAAUGAAAAUGCUCUAAAAAGGCAACUAUCGAUCCUUGUUUAG